AUGACAUUUUGCGGAGAUGACCGAGCAAUGAACACGCUGGAUGGGCUGCCUGUGGAGUUGAAGAUGUCUGUCCUAGAGCAAAUACCCGACAUCUCAUCCAUUCGUUCCCUUGCUCUAGCUUCCUCCAGAUACUACACAGUCUGCUCACAACACAUGUUCAAUCUGCUGCUUCGCCAAUACAAUGGCGAAGUAGAAAUAUCCGAAGCACUCGUCGCCCUUCACUCUGAAGGCGUCAUCGCUGAAGACCCCAGGAACAGAGACAAAAUCAUAGAAUUACUAGAUUGCCGACGCCGCGGAACACGCGAAGGCAAGAAAUACAAACAUGACUCCUUCAGCAUCGACGAAAUCAUCAAGUUGUUCAAAUUACACAAAGCUGCGAUCUACCUCAUGGAUGAUUUCUCUACUAGAAUCGAAGAGCCGCCUUGGUGGAAACCGGCAGGGCACCCAACGUGGAAGUCACUGGACCUCAAAUUCUCGCAUACGGAGCGCGCUCGGUUUUUUCGCGCUUUCUACCGUCUGCAGACUUGGCACUGUAUCUUUGGUGAGCCGGAAUGUUUCUCUUUCUCUCUAGCCUUGCGCAUAGAGACGCCCUAUAGACCGUCUUACAACGAAUGGGAGGACAUGACUUUUUCGCACGAGGAGGCAUGGCGCUUAAUUUGCGGAAGCAUACCGCCUUGGGAUGUCGAAGAAAUGUUAUGCCUGUUUCAAUAUAUGAAGCAAAGAUACAUUCGGAUCUACCGAGAAAUUCUCGCUGUGCUACUUCAUCUAGAUAGGGAUUCUGCAUCGUCGUCACCGCUAGAAUCCUCCUAUCUUGCUUCGUCACUGGGAGCGGCAUUUGAGAAUACAUGCAAGCGGCGAGCAAACAAUCUGCGCGAGGUCCUCGCUGCAAGGCUUCACGAAGUCAGCGGGCUUAAAAUGGAAGCCAAACUUCCGCUCCUCUCGCCGGCAGACAGAUACGAGCGCGACGACAUUGCAGAAGUGUUACAGCGCUGGGGAGAAGGCAAGCCUCUUCAUCGUGACCUAUGGCGGCAAAACGCUUUACCUCAUGUAUUCCGAGCCUUGCUAGUAUCUGUUCCGCCCUCCGCCAGCAUCAAAUGGCCAAUCCCAACACAAUACGAACAUGCGACGCUCUCCGAAGUUAUCUUCUACGCCUCCUUGAUACUGUCUCGCGUUAUUUUACACAUUCUUUUCACAUAUCAAAUGAGCAAAAUCCUUACCGUUUUCGGCGCCACGGGCAACCAGGGCGGCUCAAUCGCCAACUAUGUGAUCGCAGACCCCGUGCUCAGUAAGGAGUAUUCUGUACGUGCCGUGACACGAAACACGGAGCAGCUCGCUGCAAAGGCCCUCUCAGCAAAAGGUAUCGAAGUCGUCGAGGGCGACUUGGAUGACGUUGCAUCUAUCCAAACCGCCCUUAGAGAUGCCCACACCGUCUUCGCCACUACAGCAACAAUAUAUGAUGGCAGGACUAAAGAGCGCGAAGUCCGUCAAGGGCGAUCUGUGGCUGAUGCCGCCGUCGCUGCCGGCGUCAAGUACCUGAUUUGGAGCACCCUGUCCGCACCUACGAUAGAAUCCAAAGGGAAAUAUGCACGCGUGGAUUCCUUUGAUUGCAAAUAUGAAGUCGAGCAAUAUAUCCGUAGCCUUCCAAUAAAAAGUGCAUUCUUCGCGCCAGCAUCGUUUAUGCAGAACUUCUCAACCAAUAUGGCUCCUCAUCAUAUGAGCGAUGGCACCUUUGCCGUCGCCAACAUCCUCCGUCCGGAAUCAAAGCUACCGCUCAUCGAUACCGAGAAUGACACUGGCAAGUAUGUUGGUGCAAUUCUGGCUGAACCUGAGAAAUUUAAGGGCCAGAUUCUUUCUGCCGCCACCAAUUUCUACUCUAUGGAAGAGAUUGUGCAGACCAUGAGUCGUGUCAGCGGCAAGAUGGUCAAGUACAACCAGAUACCUGUCGAGGUAUUCGAGGGAUUUCUGCCUCCGGAAGCAGCGGACUGUCUGAUUGAAAUGUUGCUGUAUAUUGAAGAGUUUGGGUACUAUGGCAAUAUUAGAAAUCAGACUAAAGCAGAAAGGGAAAGGCUGAUUGUUAUUCCGUUAGCCCAACUUGCCGAAUCGGGCCACGACAGGACCUCAUGGAAUCCAGCAACCAAACGAGCCAUAUUCACUCCCGCCAGCUUUCGUCUGUAUGCAAAUAUUCUGAUCUUGUGUACCACCCUGGUGUUUAUCAAGAUGGUUUCAGCUUUGAAGCUCGUGUCUCCACAUGCCAAAGACAUCGAUAUCCCAACGUCAUCCUGGCCUGCAAAUCUGACCGUCAACCACCCCGCAGCCACGAGCAUCGUAUACCCAGAUGUCAACACUGAGCAUGGCCGAUUCGAAAUUACACACAUGGUAGCACUUCAUUCUUCGAACCAAAUUGUCCCCAAGUGGGACGGCGUUGCCGAAAAGACGAUAUUUAAGCUUCAGAAGAUGGAUCUCGAUUGGGGGGCAGUCGAAUGUUUCGAGUGUAAAGGAAGGCGAGGAAAAGUGCCCAGCACAGAGACUACUUUGUUUAUUACUGUAUACGACAUGCCACCGAUAACAAUGCCGCUUGUUACAUUUCUAGUCGAGAUCUACGAUAUUGCACGAUGUCGUGUAGAGAUGCGAGCUGCGGACGUAGGUCGCUAUGCGGGAACAGUGACCAGGAAAUAUAAGGAGCAAGCUUACUUGUCACCUGGGAGUAGGAUAUCCUUUGGUGAAGGGUUGAAAACUCCCGUCGAAGGUACAAUUGGAGGCAUUGUGGAGCUUUAUGAUGAUUCCGGCGUUCACAGAGAUACAUGUGCAUUGACCUGCCAUUCGUAUCUGCCUUCUCACAAUGUUACUCCAGAUACAAACAUGAAUAUUGGCCCCGGACCGCAACAACAUCCCCUUCAAAAUUAUGGAAUCAUUCGAUGUGCGUAUCCAAGUGAGAUAGUAUGGCAGGAUUGGUUUGAGCAAGUCAGCGACGACCUGAGAUGCGUCAACAGACAAAUUAAGGAGAUCGAAGAAGAGAUGAAUACCCGCGAAGAACAUGCAGAUAAGAUGCUCGAUUCUCUCAGGACUCACCUAGCGGAUUUAAAGUCACAGAACGAGCAACUCGACCAAACACUAGAGCGUAUAACAUCAGCUGAUUGCAGUAUCGGUACGGUUUGUGCAUUCUCAGGAAACCGUGUCAUACAAAACCAUCAUCUUGACUGGGCGCUUAUUGCAUUGGAUGAGGAUACACAAGCUUGUUUAAAGGAUGCUAAUACGAUACCAAAUGUCGUGCCAUGGGCCUUUGGAAAGAUUCGGUCACCUGACCGGCUUGACUAUCUCAGACCCGGGUUGACGGUCUUCAAGGCUCAAUACCCCGAUUUCACUGGCGGGACCGUGAAUGCAACGAAGAGCUACGUACGCUUUCGAGCAGGGGGUGAGGGUGAUCAAACAAUAGAAACAACUGAAUGA